AUGUAUAGACAGAUAAGGCUUGACCAGUCUCAUACUCCUUUUCAGCGUAUUUUGUUUCGCGAUUCUCCGACGGAGGAAAUAAAGCAGUAUGAAUUACAGACUGUGACCUUUGGCGUCAAUUGUGCGCCUUAUCUGGCCAUCCGUAGUUUGUUACAGUUGGCAGAUGAUUUUGAGAGUCAAUAUCCACUUGCCUCGCAAAUCAUACGUAAAGGUAUGUACGUUGACGACGUACUUACAGGGACACAUGAUGUGGAAACCGCUUUGGUUGCUCGUGAUCAGCUUAAAGCGGCAUUAUCAUCAGCAGGUUUUAAUCUUCGAAAAUGGACUUCGAAUGAUAAAACAAUUUUAGUCGGGUUUCCCCCAGAACAUUUGGUAGAUGAAAAACUUUUAGUUUUUGUCGAAGCGAGUAGUUCGAAAACGCUGGGACUCCAAUGGAAUGCUCAUUUGGACGCGUUCUAUUUUAAAGUGGAUCCCAUAGCAUGGCGUUCAAAAUAUACAAAGAGGGAAGUUUUAUCCACAAUAGCUAAAUUAUUUGAUCCAGUAGGAUGGCUAGGUCCGGUUAUAGUAGUGGCAAAAAUGAUAAUGCAGAGAAUUUGGCAGGAUCAGAUAAAUUGGGAUGAGAAUCUUAAAGUUUCAACGCUGGCUGAAUGGGAGAAAUUUGUGACUUCAUAUCAUGAAGUCAAUAGUAUCCAAAUUCCUCGAUGGGUUCAUUAUGAACCAGAAUCCUCAGUGGAACUUCAUGUUUUUUCUGAUGCCUCGGAAAAAGCAUAUGCGGGGGUGAUAUAUGUUCGAGUGGAAACACCUAGAGGAAAAAUUUAUUCACAUUUGCUCACAUGCAAGACGAAAGUGGCCCCGAUUAAAUCGGUUACUUUACCUCGUCUUGAACUUUGUGGCGCUGUAUUAGCGGCAGAUCUUUUGAAAGCUGUGCUUUGUGAAAUCGACAUUCCAUUAAACCAGGUUUAUUGUUGGACUGAUUCCACGAUCGUCCUUUCCUGGUUGAAAAAAGACCCCUGUACUUGGGCAACAUUUGUUGCAAAUAGAGUUUGCAAAAUACAAGAGAUUGUUGGCAAACAUAACUGGCAUCACGUCAGAUCUGAGGACAAUCCAGCAGAUUUAGGAAGUAGGGGAGUUACACCUUCAAUUUUAGCUCAGAGCUCUCUUUGGUGGAAUGGUCCACAUUGGCUUAGAGAGAAAAAGUCUACUUGGAAUUUGAAAAGCCUAGGUAUGCUUGAUACCGAUCUUGAAGCUCGAAAUGUGAAAUCUCACGCCUCUUUUUUUACAAACUAUGAGGAUGUGUUGGAUAGAUUUUCGUCACUUGAUCGUGCUAUCAGAGUUUUAUCUUACGUUUUUAGAUUUUUCCAUAGAACCCAUUCGUCUUAUAGGAAUCGCUAUUCGUAUGAUACAAUUACGCUAUCUGAUAAUGAAAUAAGACAUGUGAAACUACGUUUGGCCAUUGUGGCUCAAAAGGUCAAAUUUGCGGAAGAGUACAAGAGUCUAUUGGAAAAAAGACCAAUUUCUUCUAAAAGUAGCCUGUUGCCCUUAAAUCCUAUUCUUGACAAUGAAGGUGUCAUGAGACUUAACGGUCGAUUGGCUAGAUCGCCUUCAUUGGCCUACACAGAAAGGCAUCCUAUUUUAUUGCCAUAUUCAUGUCGUUUCACUCUUCUUUUAGCGGAAUUUAUUCAUAAGAUUUCCAUUCAUGGUGGAAAUCAACUUAUGCUACGGAUAAUACGAAUCGAAUAUUGGAUUCCUCGUGCAAAGACCCUUGUUCGGACUGUUGUAAAUAGGUGUAAGCGAUGUAUCUUAGAUCGUAAACGCGCUUGCACUCAAAUUAUGGCUGCCUUACCUCCAGAACGAACUGAUUUAGAUCGACCGUUUACAACAACUGGAGUGGAUUUCGCUGGCCCAUUUGAUAUGAGAAAUUUAAAUGGUAGAUCGUGUCAAAUCUUAAAGGCCUAUGUAUGUAUCUUUGUAUGUUUUUCCACUAAAGCCAUACAUCUAGAAGUAACUUCGGAUUUAUCAACGGAUAAAUUCUUAGCGGCAUUUAAUCGCUUUAUAUCAAGACGCGGUUGUCCACUUACCAUCUUUUCGGAUAACGGGACGAAUUUUGUAGGAGCUUCUCGAGAGUUAGAACGAGAGUUUAAAACAUUUUUAUCAGAAUGUAGAGCUAGGAUGUGUACGACGUACGGCAUCAACGGCCUUUCUUGGCGUUUUAUUCCAGCUGGAGCACCUCAUAUGGGUGGUUUAUGGGAAGCGGGAGUCCGAAGUUUUAAACUUCACUUCCGUAAAGAAGCCCAUUCCGGCAAAUACACUUUUGAAGAACUUUCGACGGUCCUCGCUAGAAUUGAGGCAUGUCUAAACUCUCGACCUCUCAGUCCUAUGAGUGACGAUCCUAAUGACAUAGUGGCUCUUACACCAGGCCAUUUCCUAAUAGGGUCUCCAAUAUUAGCUCCACCUGAACCUUCGAUUUAUCAAUCUCCGCUUAGUCUUCUAAAUCGGUAUAGAAAAGUAAAGGCUUUGACUCAGCACUUCUGUCGUCGAUGGAAGGAAGAAUACUUGUCAGGGCUUCACAAACGUUACAAGUGGAAGUAUCCGGAACGCGAUAUAAUAACCGGAGAUUUAGUAGUUAUUCGAAAUGAGCAAAUGACACCCACUUCUUGGAAAAUGGGAAGAGUAGUUCGGACUUAUCCAGGAAGUGACAAUCACGUACGCGUCGCGGACAUACGUACCGAAAACGGGGUUAUAAAGCGACCAAUUACCAAACUGGUCGUUUUGACCAGUGAAUCUUUUUAA